AUCAGGAAAAAUCAAAGGGAAUCAUGGAGCCAUUAUUUUAGCCUUUUAGGUUCACUUAUUUCAAUCGUAUCCCUGUAUUUAUCUAAAAUCUGUAUGUAUCCUCUCACAUCCAUCACGUUCUAAGUUUACAUCGUCAGGUGGCAUCUAUAUUAUCAAUAAUUCAGAUCACAAUAUCGUCACUUGAAGAUCUCUUAUGUUUCUGAAGCAAAAAUGGAGAAAAAAUCAUGGGUUUGUACUGUAAUCAUACAGCUCGCACUCUGUUUUGCUCUCUACUAUGCCAUCAACCUCGGUGAGCCUCAAACGCCCACUUAUCGACUUCGAAUUCAUCGUCAAUUCAGUGAGAUUUACUUCAUUUCUGUUCGUGGUGGAUUUAGAACUCCCAAAGAACAAACCCGUCUUCUUAAACAGAUAGAGAAGGUGAUGAAUACUUAUAAAGUAGGAUUUGUGAUCAACAUCAGUGAGCUUGGUGAAGAUGAUCCACUCUUACAAAAUGCAACACAAUAUUUCAAUCCACUGAAGGCUCCAUGGUACACUACAGUAGCUCUACAGGAUAUGAAGUCAGAUUAUUUUUUCAAACAGGUGAAUGUUUCAAGUGAAAGAACACUCGAUAUUAUAGCUCUAAAUAAUGGAAUGAUACAGGAUCCUUCAGAAGUUGAGUUAAAGUUUUUGUCAAGAAAACUUGAAUCGAGCAAUAGUAACUGGCACAUUGCUACUGGAUUUCAUCCGCUAUUCUGCAAUCAAAGUCGGAAUCAAACACAAGCAAAAGGAAACAAUGUUAUGCUACAAAUGUUGAUGAAUCAUGGAGUGGAUGCUUAUUUAAGUGGACACUCAUGUGAUAAUGAAGCUCGUAUUGAAGGACCUUAUUUAACAACCAUAAGCCAAGAAUCACUUCCUUUCAACGUAACGAAAAAUAUGUUCCUUCUUCACAGAGUGAGCCCCCUUGAAAUUGUAACAUAUGGUGUUAGUUUCAAAGGGGAUAUUGUUCAUGAAUCCACAUUUAGACAAAGAGGAAGGGAGGUUAUGUAAUUGGAAAAAAAACAUAUGAUAUAGUUGUGAAAUCUUGCCAUUAUUAGUGUAGAUUCUUGAUUUCUUGUGGUAUUUUCAAGAUUAAAGCAUUUUUUUUGUAAUUAUGAACUCUUUAGUUGAAAUGUGAAGAUGAGACCUUGUUUUUUGUA